AUGGCACCCCCACGAGGACGAGGGGGCAGGGGAAGGGGAAAGGGAAGGGGUAGGGGAAGAGGCCGAAGGGGCUCGGAGGGUGGAAGAGCGAGUUCGCGGCCAGAGGGCAACCCGGAGAACGAAGAGCUCUACACGGAUGUCGACCGCUUCCACAUGCAGCAGGACAAAAUCAAGUUCGGCGGCAGGGCUGGGGACAGCAGCAGCGACUCCGACGACCUGGAUGGUUCUGAGGAAGAGGAGGGGGUAAUGACCCUCGAUGGAGCCGGCGGUGGUUCAAGCGACGAUGACGACGACGACGAGUCGGAAGAAGACGAUUCGGAUGCGUCUGAACUGCCAGAGCUACCGGAACAUGUGCGAAGGGCUGCGAUGCAGGCUUCGUCGGACGAUGAUGACGACGACAGCGAUGGAGAUGGACCGGGCGGGGGCAAGUUUGGUGCAGGAGGCUGGGGCAAGAACAGGUCCUCGUACUACAACGCGGACACCGCCGACCUGGAAAUCGGUCAGGAGUUCGAAGACGCCGAGGCGGAGGAAGAGGCCGCGCUAGAACUGCAAAGAGCGAGCUACAAGCGGCUCGACCCUGCAGACUACGGCGAGGAGGAGGAGGAGGAGGAAGAGGAAGGGGAUGAGGCUGCCGAAACCGCAAAGCAGGAGCGUGGGGGGAAGGGGAAGGGGAACACGGCCGCCAAGAGACGCGAGCGCGAUGGGACGAGCUCCGCCGCUGGAGCUCAGGGAGAAGCGCUGCGUGCAAUGAAGAGCGACCUCGAGCAAAUCGCCCUGGGUGCCGGGGGAGAGGUGGAAACCUCGGUGGUGAAAAGGGACACCUCGAAGCUGAGCAGGCGCGAUAAGCUGGAGCUCGUGCUUUCCGAGGCGCCGGAGCUUCCGGCCCUCCUGGGGGAAGUCCGGGCCCAGCUGGGGACCCUGACCGAGUCGGUGCAGCCGCUGGUGUCGAACGUGACGGCCGAGAUCGGCGCGAGCAAGGACGGGCUGGUGUACCUGCGCACCCGCCAGCAGCUGCUGCUGGCGUACUGUAUGAACGUCUGCUUCUACAUGGUCCUCAAGGCGAAGGGGGAGCCCGCCAAGGGCCAUCCCGUGGUCAGGCGUCUCCUCUCGCUGCGCGGCCUCCUGGAGGACAUGUCCUCCCUCGACGACAAGAUGUCCUCUCAGGUGGACCUCCUCCUGCGCGCUCUCCGCUCCGGGGUAGACCUUGCCGGCGGCAGCGACAACGAGGAGGGGGAGGGGGAGGAGGAGGAGGAAGGCCAAUCCAACAGUGGGAGGGGGGUCUCGGCAGCGAACGGGAGAGGGAAGACGCGUGUCGCCGCGAAUGGCGGCAGUGGGGGAAGUAGUGCUGAGGAGGAAGGGGAAGAUGUGGACGAAGAGGGCCUCGAGGAAGAAGAGGCGAGGUUCAUGGGCGGGGCGGGUGGCGGCAGCUCUGACGAGGAUGAAGACGGCGGCACCGGCGGUCCACCGGGGUCAUCGAAAGGCUCGAAGAAGAAGAAGCGCAGGAGGGCGGCUAGGGAGAAGGCGGUGGAGGAGGCCAGGGCGAAGCUGGCCGCGGGCGCCGACGGGGCCGGCGACGCGCUGCUCGGCGACUUCGGAGACGAAGACAUGGACGAGCGGUCGGCGAUGAGGGGCAGCGGCGGCGGAAACAUGCUGCAGGGGAUGGUGAACCGAAUAUCUCAGAGAGAUCAAGCCGCCACCGCGAGGAAAGGGCGCGGCUUGCAGGGUGAUCUGGACGUGCCCGUUCGGGAGAGGGACCAGACGAUCCGUGUCCGGCGCCCUGCCCCCGGCGAGGAUAGCGACGUCGAGGAAGGGGGCGGUGUGGAUAGCGAGGACGACGACUUCUUGGGAGGCGGUGGCGGUGGCUUUAUGGACGGGUUGCCGCCGGGGCUCCUAGAGGGUCUCAGCCGUAGCGGCGGCGACGGACGCAAGACGAAGAAGAAGGAGGGGAAGCGGGGGCGCGACGGCGAGGGCAAGGGGGCGGCGGAAGACGAGGAGGACGGGUUCUACGCCUCGGUGGCGGAGGAGAAGGAGCGCAAGAAGCGAGCCAAGAAGGACAAGUACGAGCCGCAGGCGCGCAUCGCGGGUGCCCUCGAGGCCGAGCUCGAGGCGGAGAGGGCCGCGAGGGGAGAGACCAAGCGCGGCGCCAGCUACACCAUCAUCAAGAACCGGGGCCUGACGCCGCAUAAGAACAAGCUCAACCGAAACCCCCGAUCCAAGAAGAGGGAAGCGUUCCGCAAAGCCACUAUCCGCCGCAAGGGGCAGGUUCGGGACAUUCGCACCGGCGAGGCCGAUGCCUACGGGGGCGAAUCCACCGGCAUCAAGUCCAACGUCACGCGCAGUCGAAAACUCAAGGGUUAG